UUUGUUAGUGCGAGAGAAGCAUUGUUUGUUUACAAACUUAGUUCUACCGGUAGAAAGUAGUGAAGCUGUAGUUCUAUUUGGGGCGGUAGUAUGGAAGUUUCAGAAGAUUCUUAUUCAGUGGUGAUAGAUGUUGGACAUUAUACAGUGCGAAUAGGGUGUUCGCAAGAUGAUAGUCCAAGAAUGGAAUUGCCGUCUCAAGUUGGAAUUUUAGAUCAUUUGAGUUCGACGGAAGCUGGAAAAGCGUCGUGCUCCUACGUAACACAACCGAAAAAAUAUUUGUUUGGCAAUGAUAUUAAUAUACCCCGGGGCGGUAUGGAGAGCGCAUCUUUCUUCAAGGAUGGUAUGAUUGACGAUUGGGACUCAUUUGAAAAAAUGUUGGAGUUUGCUUAUGACACAUGUUUUCACUCACGGUCCGAACACCAUCCCAUUCUCAUUUCGGAACCGGCGUGGAAUGUAAGAAGGAAACGCGAACAAUUGACAGAGCUUAUGUUUGAAAAGUUCAAGGUUCCAGCAUUUUUUUUAGUAAAAAAUGCUGCCUUAACCACGUUCGCAAACAGACGCACGACUGCGUUAGUGAUUGACAGUGGAGCAACUCAUACCUCAGCAGUUCCAGUCCAAGACGGAUUCGUUCUGUCACGUGGCAUUGUGCGAACUCCACUUGCUGGUGAUUUUUUGACUACACAGUGUGGAGAAUUGCUGAAGGGAUUUGCUGUUGAAGUUGUCCCACCCUACAUGGUUGCAUCAAAGGAAGCUGUUGCCAAAAACGAGAAGUCAAAGUGGAUGAAACACUCAAAUCUGCCUGCAGUCACUACAUCAUGGCAUAAAUUUAUGAUUAAAAGGGUAUUGCAGGAUUUUCAGUCAAAAGUUUUAGAAGUGAGCAGAUCACAGCUGCACGAAGAAAUUUAUGCCUGUAUACCAGCAGCAACAUAUGAAUUUCCAGAUGGGUACUGUCAGGAUUUUCAUGAAGAACGUAUGCAAAUCCCAGAAGCAUUAUUUAAUCCAGAAAUGUUCCAACUAAGUCCAUCAUUGGGAAUUGGCUACGUUGUUAAAAAAAGUGUGUCAAGAUGCGAGGCAGAUGUAAGAGCAGCAUUGUAUAGUAAUGUAGUCAUUGCAGGUGGUAAUUCUUUGCUAAAGGGUUUUCCAGAACGUUUGUGUACUGAGUUGGCACAUAGAACGCCAAGCAGUAUGCGUUUGAAGGUCAUCCAUGGUGGUAGAAGUCGACGUAUUAGUUCCUGGAUUGGAGGGUCAAUUGUUGCUUCUUUGGGAACUUUCCAGCAAAUGUGGAUCUCAGCACAGGAAUAUGAAGAUGCUGGAAAAAAUGUGGUUGAGAAGAAAUGCCCAUGAAUUUCCAAGAACUGUUGGUAAAGAAGUUGAAUGCCGCAUGCAAAUGUCACAUGAUCAAGGAGAAACAAAACCUUGAUUUACGUAAUUGUUAUAUUAAGUAUGUGAUUUACUUAAAAGGCAAAAAGAAACAGUAUCAUUCUGUGUGUGUGUGUGUGUGUGUGUGUGUGUGUGUGUGUGUGUGUGUUUGACACAUUUUGGUUGUGUUAUUUGUAGGUUGCUAUGUACCUUGUUGCACUGUCGACAACAGCUGUUACAUUUGUAGGCACUUCACUUCAGUGUGACAUUUUAAAUAUAUAUCUGAGUGCUUUUUGUAUGUGACAAGGGACAGCAACCUAUUGCAUUUUCAGACUGAUAAGUGAUCUUUUACACCCAAAUACUCAUCUAUUUGCAGUAAACUAGUCUCGUUAUGGCAUUUUUUCUUGAAAUGCAACUGACAUAUGGACAGAAAUAUUCCUUACUUAGACCUACGAAACAUCUAAAGGUCCAAUGACUGCAGAAAAAAGAAUUACUGUAACCCAACAACACAAACAUGUUGCAUACGGGACAAUGAGCAACAGAGCACCCAGAUUCCCUACCAGUAAAAAAGAUAUACAAACCGAACUCAGUACAGUUAGAGAAAGCAAUCAUCAGUAUUGCAUUUGCUAGACACAAAAUAGUGUUUAACACUUGCAAAACCUGGUACAUGGACCGGACAAUUGAAAAAACAUGGCUUAUAAUAAUGCAUACUGCCUGUAUAAAAGAAACAGGUUAUCCAUUCACAGUGUAGUAGCUCACUUGAGUUAUUGCAGGCAAUAAAAUUGAUUUAUUUGAGAAAUUCAAAAUUUUCACAAAAACUUUUGCAUUAUUUAAUGUGUUUUCCAGUGAAAGAAUAUUUUGUGUGUAGUGUCACUUGUCAAGGUAAGAAAAAUUUUAAAUGUCCCUUACAUAAUUCAGGUAAUAUAGUGUUGAUUUGUUAACCCUGGCUAACACUGUAUUGGAUUGUAUACAAACAGUUGAUUAUGUGUUGUAGUCUCACUGCCCCAUGAUAGUUUGUAUGCCUAUUAUGAGUAAUUACAAAGAAGCAAUGUCCAUAUGUAGCUCAAAGUAGUUGGUUUAAUUUAUGAUAGUUUGACACAUUGAUUCUGUGAGAAAGCAGACAUUCCACACCUAAAAAGUUAGUUAGUGUGAUGAAAUUGUGAAACAGUAAUUACAGCAAGAAUACUGCACCAGAGGAUUGCAGUGCCUAAGUGGAUUUUGUUUAGUUAAUUAGUAAGUAGUGACUGAAACACUUAACUCUUUUAAUUUAUUGUAAGAGUUGCUUAAACUGUUGAGCAGCAUCAAAUAAAAACAAACCCUUGUGAAUUUCAGUA